AUGCAACGAGGUGGUAUUGAACAUUUGAAUCCGCCUAAAACUAGUGUUAUCACAAUCAAUAACAAUAAAAAAUCUGUUGCUGCCUGGAGGAACACGGUAGCGUUGGCACGGCGUAAAACACGUCGGAAGGAUUUAGCGCCCGGCGGAGGUCCAUUCACCGUACUUCUAAUUCAAAUCCUCGAAAGCAAUGUGAUUUACCGUCGCAUUCAGAUUCUAAUUCAAAUUGCUUAUUUGAAAAAGGCAUUUUUGAUGUUGACUCUAAAUAUGAUCUUUUGGAUGCCAUAUUGUGUUAUGGGUAUUUUGAGUACGAUUAUGAUAUUGGACCAUUCGGCUUAUAAUUUUUUGAAUGCGCUCGUCGUGCUCAAUGCCGUUUCGAAUUUAUUCCUGUGA